GACGAGAACAAGGCACCGAACAAGAACUCUUAUUUUUGUCGUCUCUGCUUUAGCCACAAAGGCAAAGCGUUGCUCAUGUUUCCUGCUCAGAAGCAGUUCUCUUCUAUUGCGUCGGCCUAGCACUCAUCAGGCAUAAAUCAUCAUGCACAGACCCCGUUUCUUCUCGUGUUGUAUCGCCAGGUUGGCCUUGGCACAGCAGAUUUUCCCGUCCUCUCCCAUCAGCACAUCACCCACACCUGGGUUAUUGCGGGCAGGAGGUGUUCUAUCGUCUUCUACGUCGUGGUCGUCCACUUCUCAUGCUGUUGCUGCUAGCGGAAGCGGUUCGCCAGGCGGCAAAAUUGCGGUGCAAGUUGAAGAAUUGAUUGCGCCGGCCAGCUCUCGCACCAUUCUGCGGGGCCCUGCCGACGAGGCAGAAGAUGAUGAUCCACACCGGCGUUCUUCGCCUUCGGGGGAGCAAAAACAAGCCCAACGAAAAAUGGCAAGAGAAAUGGUUUCGUCGUCUGACAUCACCAAGAAAACCACAAGCACGGUAGUUGUUUCUCGUCCGAGUGGUAAAAACAAAAGAACCACUCCUACUACAAGCGAAGAUGGUACCAGGAAGCCCCAGAAAACACCAACCGCAGUAGAUGGAGGACAACCAAAAGAAGACCAGCCGAGCUCUUCGUCUUCCACCAAUCUGGAACUUCUCGCCCUGACCAGCUGUCCGGUGCUAGGAAUGAGGACUGCCGGAAACUUAUCCCCUGGAAAUUAACCAAAACCAUCCCCAUCCACUUUUUGCAUGACAAACACAGACUUUUUGCAUGACAAAUUGGAUGGGGAUGUUUAAUUUUCAGGGAAUAAAACUUGCAGAAGGAAACCGUUUUGAAGUUUUGGAAGCUGGUGGAAGGAAAAGAAAAUCAUCGGGAUGCAACUACAUCUACCUCCGUGAACUACCAAGACCAAUAUGAAGAUGAACAGGACCACAACAAUAGCACUUCUACUCGAGUCGUCACCCUCGCGAAGCAGAUCGUGAAUGCCCUCGGGAAACGGUUAGGGAUUUUCUCCAGCUUUACAAACUCUUUGUUUGACCCUGUUGCAAAAAUGGACCAAGUGGACCUGCGGCGUUCUAACUCACUGUGGGACAAGAACACAAUAAAGCCUGCAGCUCCAAAUGCAACUGUUGAUCUCGACCUUCUGGAGAAGUUCAAGUUCUCAACAUCUCGUCACGGUGGAAGCAAAAUCACUACACCGCCGGCGGAGCCGCACGAGGGCAAGAGGGAACAAGCAGCGCCGCGUGCACCACCUUCUGAAGUAUUGACAACAUCAAAAAGAUCUUCAUCUUCUACAACCGCCAGAACGAAAAUAAGAUACACCAACUUCACCUCAUCCGCCGAGCUUCUCACGACCAAAAACCGGUUUUUCGGGGUUGCGCGGGACCGCGACAGGCUAUUAGCCGGGAAAAACGAUCACGUCAGGACCCAGAUGCUGCACAACAGCCCUUUUUUCGCAAACCGGGACGGGGACUUGGUUAGGUGGUUUUCCCGGUUGCACGAAAAAUUGCGGAACGGGAUGUUUCCGGAUGUGGUUCAGGAUUUAAUACCCGUGAGAAACCGCACGAAAAACGUGUUGCAGCUGGUGAUGGGAGAUGAUCACAUUGAGGAAAAUAAAACACGACCUCCAACCACUGCCCAGUCCACCUGGCGAGGGAAAACGAAAGCAGAGCCGACUGCCGUUAUCGGAAUUGGUCGACCUGCACCGCAUGUUGAUGUUGAAGACCAAACGCAGCAAAACCGCGAAAUUUUUGAAAUUUUGAAGCGUUGGUUCUUUUUUAACAGCAGUGCCAAGAACGCAGCUGCAGAUAUUACUGCUGCUGCACCACCUGCUUCAACUUCAUCUGGAUCCCUUCCUGAAAUCGCAGAAAAAUUUCCACCCCGCGUUGUUGACAACUACACUCCUUCGCCAAGUACCGACGCGAGCACGACCAGAAACGUCACCUCCGGGUUGCUGGGAGUACAACCAGCAUCAAAUAGAACAGCCAGCAAACAGCACCUCCUCGAGGAGCAAUCCCUGUUUGCGAAUCUCCAAGCUACCACUUGUUACCGCAUUCUCCUCGCCGCGAUUGUGGUUCUUUCCGAGUAUCACUCCAUUUACGUGCGCGCCGACGUGAAAAAUUUGUGGACGGUCGCGGAGUACAGUCAGUUUACGACAAAGGGGUUGGCGCUCGCGGGGAUUUUUUCGUCGGCGCGGAAGGAUGUUGAACAAGGAAAUAAAGACGUCGAGUCUAGUAGUGCAACAUCGGAAACAAUCUUCGUCGACCCCGUUCUGACCCCGUUUUCUUCUCUAAACCGGCAAGACAUCGCCAUCCACAUGAACUUCCACAAAAUCGGGAACGGUGGGGAGAAUAUGAAUACGUGCGCUGUGGCUGUUGCAGCAAGUACUGCUACUGCAUCCUCUUCAGCUACUUCUUCCUCAGCAGGACAAAAAAGUGUUGAGACCACCACCACCGGCGAAAUAAGAAGAACAAAAACUGGCUACGUGAUGAAAGCGGAAUCUGAUGCCUAUUGCAACGUCGCCCGAACAAGUCAACAGCUGAUCGAAAACUGUCGUGAGCGGGUGAGGGAUUUAAAGGCGAUAAAUCCAUUUCUGGACCACCAGGCAGAAACAGACACGGCAGCGGCCACCAGAGGGAAAAAUACGAAUAGCGCAGGAGCUCCUGAACAAGAUGCGGUAGAAAUUGGAGGGCCGAGCGCCUUCGCAGCAAUGAAGACGAACGAUACGGAACUGCACCUUCAUUGUCCCUCGAUCCUAGCGCGAGAAGGAACCGCCAACAUUUCUGAAAAUCAAAAUUCAUCAUCCGAACAUGAAGAGGGCGGCGAAGAGGAGGAGCAGCUUGUCCUCAAAAACCAAGAUUACCACGCAACUUUCAAGUACAAUGACCGCAUGGACAGGCACAAGCUGUUUUCGACCUGUCAAUUCGGCUAUAAAUUGCAAAAGUAUCGUACUAGUAGAAAUCGCAUGACAAACUUCCUCAGUGUAAAAAAAUGAAAUUCGUAAUGCGGAUUUAACUUGAGAAAGAAAUUUGUAAUGCAUAACUGCAAUUACUACGAGGACGAUACUUUUGCAAUGGAUAUCGACACCGAAAUGUGGGAAUUCGACCAGAGAUCCCGGCACUACUGUAUGAUUAACUCCCUCGCGCACCAUUUACAGCUUCUCCCCAACGAGUCCAUUUUUGAUUUCGGUUCCGGGUGCGGCCACAAAAUGAUGUGGCUGCAGCAGCUGUACGGGGUGCGGGUCUAGUAUGGUUGUGUCAGGACCGAAUUCGCCAGAGUUGAAAUAGUUUCUCAUGCAUAAAAUGCAGCGCAGAAAUUGCCUCUAUUGCAGAGGACGCAAGGGAGGCAGAUUGUAGUGCUGGUAAGGAUCGAGAAUUGGGCUGCUGAUUAGCAUCACAGAGGGGAGCCCCUUUGCCCGAAACAGCAUGACAAACUGGCCUCCGGUACGGAUAAAAUUUGUCAUGCACUGAGUAGAAACUGUGGGUCCAAUUGGUAUCCAUUUUAUGCAUGACAAAUCAUUUCACCUUUGUCGAUUUCAAUCCUGACACUCCCAUAUCUACGGUGUGGAUAUCAUCAAGGGAGCGGUGGACUUUGCCAACAAAUACUCCGCGGACAAUGUGUUUGUUUUGCCACAAAGCACAGAAAUGAAAAGCCCUUCUUCAACUUCUUCUUUUGCGGCUUCUGCAAAAGGAACAACAAUACCCCACCAGAAAGAAGAUUCCGAUCAAGCUGAAAGCCGAGUACAACAUCAUGAACAUCAGCAGCAGCACCAGCAGCAGAAGUUUUGCCAAGUCAAUUACGAUCAGUCUCUGCACUUGCCCUUCAUCAAAGACAACUCCUUUGACUACGUUUUAACCUGUUCCGUGGUACAAUUACUCUCUAUCAGGGCGCAGUGCAUUUGGCUCAAAUCUGUGUAUCAAAUGUAAAAAUGUCUGGGUCUGGAAGAAUGCGCGAUUUGUCAUGCAGCUUUUCCAUGACCCACGAAGCCUGGAAUGCAGGACCUAGCGUGACAGAUUCUGUGCGAUCUCUUUCAUGCCUAUCCUGCAUGAGAAACUCCCUCCAGGCUGGUCAUCAUGCAACACAGAUUUUUGCAUGCUUCAGAUUUAGCAUGACACGUUGCAUUCUUCCAGACCCAGACACUUUUACAUUUGAUACUGUGUUGCGGAUUUUGAAAGACACGGGGAAAUUGGUGAUCAGCUGUUUGCCGCAGGGGUGUGAUGCUAGUUGGAGCGUUGUCGAGGACGAGCAUGAUCAAACGACAGUAGAGGCGGGUAGUUCAUCCGCGGAGGAGGGAACAUCUGCAUCUUCGGAACAAGAACCUUCUACUACUACUGCUCCGGCAACCAAUACUGCAUCCAGUACAAAAACAUACACGGACUCCUGCGGGAAACGCGCGGGGUCGUGGGGAACAGAAACCAUGUUCACGUUGGGGAAGGAGGUUUUCUAUCAAAUGUAAAAAUGUCUGGGUCUGGAACAUUCUGAGAUUUGUCAUGCAUGUUUUGCAUGACCCAGGAUGUCUGUAAUGCACGGCCGCGCAUCACAGAUUUUGAGAGGGCUUCCCCAUGUCUACUCCGCAUGACAAACGCCCUCCCCGCGUAGCACAAACUAGACUCCUCUUGCUGGUCAUGCAAUACCGAUUUUUCUAGAGUCCAAAGUUAGCAUCACAAGUUCCAAUCUUCCAGACCCAGACAUUUUUACAUUUGAUAUUUUUGAAAAGUGUCUGAACUCGGAUGUUUUUGAAAAACAGGAUAAUGAUGUCUUGGUGCCAGCCGGGGAAGGAGCAGAUAGCAAAGCCGAAGUGGACAGCGACAUCAGUAAAGACGUGAUCAAGACUAGUAGUACAAAAGCGGCCGCAACAUCUUUUCCUGGUACUACAGCAACUACUGGCGGCAAAAAGACAAAUACGUCGAAACACCCCGCGUUUUCCUCCGUUGAUGGGAUUCCACAUUACAAAGAAGAGGCUUUUAUUGAGGAGAAAUUCGAUGAGGAAACCGUCACCGGCACGUACAUAUGAACUGCAAAAGUAUCGUCCUCUUAUAAAUGCAUUACAAAUUUCCUCAGCAUGAAAAAUAAAAUUUGUAGUGCGGAUUUACCUGCUUAAGAAAAGGAUUUGUAAAUGCAUAAUUGCCAUUAAUACGAGUGCGAUACUUUGGACAGGAUACUACACCCGGCCCUAUUGGUGGAAAGAGGAUUUCAAUGUGACGUACGGAAUAUGAAUGGCAAAAUUAUCGGACUACGUAUGAAUUGCAUCACAAGUUUUGAUGUCAGGAUAGGAAAAAUGCAAUUUGUCAUGCUGAUUUCUUUGCUGAGAAACGAGAUUUGUCAUGCAGUGCUGUUGCAAGAAGAAGUCCGACGAGUGCGAUAAUUUUGCGCUUGAUAUUACGCCGGAAGUAGCACAAGCAGCAAGGCAAACCGGCAUCUGAAAGUAGAAAUUAUCUCCGACGCAGCCAUGUUUUCGCGAACUGGAGCCCUGCGGGGACGGGAACCGGAUUGGUUUGUCUUGCGCGAGGGGAACUUGAAUGUGGUGGUCACGAAGGUGGUCGGGAAUUGAGGGUGAGCUUCGUCCAAAUAAAGUACAUACAUCACGACCAUGCAUUUCUGCACGCAUCGACCAAACCUACCCGCCUAUCGAUACGCAGAGCUUUAUUUUUUCGCUUGACAUCAACAUGAUCCCCAACCCGAAGAUGUUUUCUUACUCAUGCCGCCCCCAGUAGUACAGUUUACUUUUUUCACCGCUAAAUAAGACAGGAGCAAAUCUAAAUCAAGUUUAAACUAUCGAGCAAAUUGAUACUAAAUUUUGGUUUUUUCUUGAAGCGAGGUGAACGAACGUAACGUUCGGAAUGUCGAAUAGGAUUGGAUUUGAAAACGGUUUAGAUGAAGAUGUCGUAGAAACUACGAACUUUCUUUCGAACGAACAUAUUACUUAUACAUGGAAGCAGACAUGACAGUGCCAGUGUCAAUCACUUUAUGCUGCGCACGUCUGAUUUCAGUUUGUUGGGGAGACUUGAGGCGGACCA